UCCUCGGAAAUCCUCCGCACGCCGCGUCCUCCCGGGGAUUUUAACACGUUUUUACCCGAUUAAAACUUUUCCACCGGCUCGGACACACUUUAUUGGAUAUAAUUUUAAUCGUAUAUGUGAAGAAAAUUCGUUAAAGUUGAGCUGAAACGUGUAAAAACGCCGAUGCGCUACGACGAAACUGCGCCGACGCGUUGUUGUUGUUUACGUCUCCGCCGUCGGUGGAUUUUAACAUGUUUUAAUUCAAAUAAACUCCACAAACUCGCAUUUUCGCUCUUUUAAGGAUCAUUUUUGCUGCUCUAGUUGAAGUUAAGACGUGGAUAUUGGAUUUGACUCGCUGGAUUUGAGGCUGAUGUUUUGGGGUUCCGUGUGGAGGGAGCGGCGUUUCCCGGGUGAGACGAGCCGCUGAAGGCGCGACUCGGGGCGGACGCGGGGAGGAUGAGCUGCCCGGUGAACCUCCGCGCUCUGCCCUCCGCGGUUUACGAAGAGGUGUUUACCCCCGAGAACGUGCGAGCGAGGCCGACGUCGUCACACUCUCUCUCCACGCUGAGCUUCCCUAAAUCCAGAUGCGCUCUGUGGGACGGGACCCCGACUGGAGACAAAACGCUCCUCCAUCUUUGUGCUCACAGAGCUCCUCGAGUGCAGCUGACGGAGAAGGCGCUGCGUUUGGCCCAGAGACACAUUCGCCACAGCUCCAGACCCGCGCCGCUCUGCUUCCUCCUCGGCUCCGUGAGCGUCGACUCAGACGAGGAGGGCGUGACCGUCACCCUGGACCGUUUCGAUCCGGGUCGGGACCAGAACGGCGUCCGUGUUCCCUCGGCGGCUCUUCCGGGAGACGUGUGCGCUCCCUGUGCGUUCACCUCGGACCCCAGCGCUCCCGUCCAAUCAGAAGCAGAGCUGCACCAGGCCUUUAAGGUUUUACUUCAGUCCGUCAGCGGCCGUCAGUCCUUGGACCUGUGUCAGAUCCUCAGACUGGGACUGCACGUGGUCUGGACCCAGGCCCUGGACUCGGCCCGCUUCAGCCUGACCUGGUCCUGCGUGAGUCCGGCCACGGGCGUGCACGUGGAGCCCGUGAGAGCCGCGCACGUGAUCCCCACCGCGCUGCUCCGGAGUCUGACCAGCCCGGCCCGACCCGCGGCCACCAGCAGACAGAAGGGUUUUGUGACGAUGGAUCAGGGCAGGAAGCUGCUGCUGCUGUUGGAGUCAGACCCUAAAGCGCUGAGCCUGCCUCUGGUCGGAGUGUGGUUCAGUGGAGUGACUCACGUCCACAGUCCUCAGGUGUGGGCCUGGACUCUGCGCUUCCUCUACAGCGCCUCCAUACAGGACCGAGCGCUGUCAGAGAGCGGGUGUUUCCUCCUGCUGCUGUUCGCCUCCACACACAGAGCUCCUCAGUUUUUUCAGUGUAAAGUCAAUGGGCCUGAACUCAGCUACCAGCUCCUCACCGGGAACCACAACACCACCCUGUACCAGAAGGUGGCGUCGGUGGAGGGUCAGACUCUGAAGUGUGAGCUGAGCCCAGACAGCAGCUCAGCGCAGAUGGAGAUCUUCAGAAAGGCGCACAGGGCCUUCAGCAGCUCUCCAGCGGGGGCGCUCUCUGUGACCGAUCAGGACUCUGGAGUGGAGGACGAGGACGUGUCUCCCAGACCGUCCCCGAGUCCACACCUGCCCUCAGCCCAGCAGACUCGCAGGAUAGAGCCGUCCGUGCCCGAACUUUCUCUGCUGAUGGACGGAAGCUUCUUGUCCAAUCACAACACAGCGCCCAAACCCCAGGCCCCGCCCCCGCCUCCUCCAUCAGACCGGAAGCCCGCCGCUGCCGUCGCCGCCGCCGCCUCCCCGCUGAAUCUCCACAGCACGCCUUACUCCAACCUCCAACCCAACUGCGCCUGCUGCUGCAAAUCCAACAACCAAUACCAGUGCACCACCAUCCACGCCACGCCGGGACCCAACCCGAAAACGCCGCAGAACUACCAACAGAACACGCCCGCUAUCCAGCAUGUCCACCAAACUCAGUCACGCAAGCAUUCCUCGCCGUCAAACCGUCACUCCUCGCCCUCAAACCGACGGCCGUCCUACACGAAUCCACCGCCAACGCAACAAACGCCGCCUCUCUCGCAAUAUUCCCAAACUGCGACGCCUUCUCAAGCCGCCUCGAGUCCGCAACACCUCGCGACGCAUUCCCCCAAUCGCCAAACGCCGAUUCCGACCGCCAAUAUUCACCCCGUUUUGCAAAAUAACCACUCAUCGCCCUCGAAUCCAGCUCAAAAUUUUGCGAAUCAAAACUACACCACGGAACAAACGAACGCGAACGUGAUCCAAAAUCCGCUUGCGACUCCACAACCGCAGCCCAGUCCGGUUUUCGAUCUCUUCCACACGCCGCAAAACGUCGGGAAGCUGAGUCCGAUAACGGCGAGCUUGAAUAACUCCGCCGGAAACACGGAAUUAUUGCCGCAACAUCAAAACUCGUUCCAGUCUCCGCUUUCCCACUCUGCAAAUCUAAACUUGGUUCAGUCGUGUCUGCACAAUGGAGCAGCCGCAGUUCCUUCCUUCGCCAGUAGGAGUCCCGGUGUGAUGGCGCCGUCGUCGUGUGGACAGCCCGCGUUCGUGGCUCCGCCUCCUCCGGCCGCGGUCUGUACGAACGCGUGUUGUGAGCAGAAGGUGGCGCUGUCGUCUGGGGAGACCUACCAACUGUUACUGCAGCAGGACAGGCAGCUACGGCUACUGCAGCAACAGGUCCAGAUGCUCUUGGAGGCUCAGGCGAAGCUCCAGUCGAGUCAACAGCAAACGGAAACUCAGACUAAAAGCACAGCGAGCAUCGCGGUGGGCACAGGAGCGUCUCUGUUCUGGCCCGAGCCUCCUACCCUGCGCCGGGACUCUUCCACCUCUCCUCCUCCUUCUCUGUUUUGUCUCUCCGUCGCUCCCGUAGGGGGCGCCGUGUCCCCUCCCCGCAGCGCGCACAGAGCCAGCCCCCCGUCCAGAGCGGGGUCACGCGAUCAGGCCGAGCUCGGCGCCCAGAGGAACAACGCGACCGCAGCGGACGAGCCCUCUUCACCCACUCCAGCUCACAGCGGCCUGAGCAGUGUGGACAGUCCUGUUCUGGGAGAGAGUGCGAGCAUGUACGGCCCUCAGGAGGAUCAACCGGACGGAUUCUACCACAGCCUCAUGACGCAGCUCAACAGUCGCCUGCGAGAGGAAGAACCGUCCAAACAGGAAGUGAAAGAGCCCAAACAGGACGAAGAGACUCGGAGGAAGAGUCUUGAACGCACGCAGUCUCCGGCUCACUCCUCCCUCUCCUCCUCCUCCUCCUCUUCGGCACCAGGUCAGGUCCACAGUCCAGUCCAGAGUCCGGCUCAGGUCUUGGCUCCGGCGCAGGGGUCCAAGAAGAAUAAGAAAAAGAAGCAGUCCCCGAGAGCCGCCGAUCGAGGUGGGGAGGACGUGGUCGUGAGCGCCACCUUGAGGAGACUGCAGCAGCUCGGGGUGAACCUGGACAAACAGGAGCUGAGCGAGGGAGAGCGAGCCAGAGCCAAAGCCGUGGAGAGCGCCGGCACUCUGGCCUGUAUAAACCCGGCCGCCGUCGUCUCCCGUCUCUCCGCCCCGUCCGCCUCGCUCGCCCUCCCCCCCCACCCGUCCUCCAGCUCCGACCUGAGCCUGGAGGCCAACGCCAUCGCCCUGCGCUACCUCUCCGACCAGCAGCUCACCCGCCUCUCGCUCGCCGCGCACAACCCCAAACGCGCCCCCGCCCUCGCCCUCGCCCUCGCCACGCCGCCCUCCUCCUCCGCCUCCACCGACAUCACCAUCCUGUCCCCCAGCAACAUGUCCCUCGCCACGCGCAAGUACAUGAAACGCUACGGGCUCAUCGAAGAGGAGAGCGAGGACGAGGACGAGGAGGAAGAAGAAAAGGAAGCAGAACGGGAAGCGAAAGAGCGGCCGUUUUGCGAAGCGCUUUUGCCGCAGAGUCAGCUGAUCCGCGAGCUCAAGCCCAAGAUGCAGCUCCUGGCGAGAAAUGGACAAAACCGCGGAGGAGAAGAAGAAGAAGACGACGAAAAGGAGAACGCGAGGAGGAAGAGGCAAACCGCGGAGAGCCAGGGAUCGGUGGGGAAUAUUCUGGAUCUGAGCCGACUGAGGCAGCUUCCCAAACUUUUCUGAAGGACUUUAAAAUGAGGAAAACUGGCGGCUGCGACCACACUGGAACAAAGGGAAACACAUGAAUUUAUAGGAAAACUUUUACUCAUUUACAGUGGCAGCUCAGGUUUUUAAUUUUAAAUAUCACUGAAUUUCUCGCUUUAAAUUUCUCAACCCUGAAAAAACAUGUUUGAAUUAUUUUUAUUCUGAGUUUUAGUCGCACUUUUUGGGGUAAAUUUAUUUUAUAAAAUCAGAGACCAGGAACCUUGGAAAGUGAAGUUAUAGUAAUAAAUGCAUCACAAAUUUCGGACUUCUGGUCAUCGCGUAAUGCACACUGGGAAGAAUUUUCCGAA